AUGGCAGCUACAGCCAUGGCAGCCAGCCUGUCCGACAUCUGCUCCGAGACAUACCUGGCGUCUGCCCUGCCCACCGACGUGGACAGCGCGUUGACGAUCGACAGCAGUUCCGUGACAGCCAACGCCGUGUACAACUCGACCAUCACCGACGACGACAUGUACCCGAACGCGGUGAUCGACUACUGCAACGUGACGUUUGCGUAUGCGCACAACGGGAUCACCGACGACCAGGUCCUGGUGCAGUUCUACCUGCCGGCCCCCUCGGUGUUUGCCAACCGGUACAUCUCCAACGGCGGCGGCGCCUACUCCAUCUACGGGGGCACCUCGAUGCCCGGAGGCCCUAUCUACGGGGCUGUCUCGGGGGCCACGGACGGCGGCUUCGGCAGCUUCGACACAGACGCCGACCAGGUCGCGCUGCUCGCCAACGGCACGCUCAACUGGCAGACAAUCUACAUGUUCGGGUACCAGGCGCACUACGAGCUGACACGGAUAGGAAAAGCGUUCACACGGAACGUGUACAAUGUGUCUGACGCGGACAAGCUGUACUCGUAUUACCAGGGGUGCUCGGAGGGAGGACGCGAGGGAUGGAGUCAAGUGCAGCGGUUCGCGGAGGAAUGGGAUGGAGCCAUCAUCGGGGCGCCAGCGUUCCGGUAUGCGUUCCAACAGGUGCAGCAUCUCUAUUCGAACGUGGUGGAACAGACGCUCGACUAUUACCCGCCCCCCUGCGAGCUGGAGAAGAUUGUCAAUGAGACCAUCAAGGCGUGCGACCCGCUCGACGGCCGGACUGAUGGAGUCAUUGCCCGGUCAGACCUGUGCAUGCUGCAGUACAACAUCAGCGAGACCAUCGGCAUGUCCUAUUACUGCAGUUCGACACCGGCGCAGAAUGGCACCGUGUCGGCCGAGGGAGUCGCCGUGGCGCAACGCAUCCUGGACGGGCUUCACGACGAGGCCGGCAAACAGGUGUAUUUCUCCUACCAGAUCGGGGCGACCUUCACCGACGCCCAGACGACAUACAACAGCACCAGCGACUCAUGGGGGCUGGAUAUUUCCGGGCUGGGCGGCGAAUGGGUCGCCAUGUUCCUGUACCUGCAGGAUGCAGAUAACCUGGCCAGUCUGGAGGGAGUGACAUACAACACACUCAAGGAGUGGAUGCUGUUUGGCCUGAGCAAGUAUUACGACUCGCUGCACACGGCCUGGCCGGACCUGACGCCCUUCCACAAAGCAGGGGGCAAAGUGCUGCAUUACCAUGGUGAACAGGACAGCUCGGUGCCCACGGCAUCCUCGGUGCGGUACUGGGAGUCUGUCCGGCAGAUGAUGUACUCCAACAUGACGUACAAUGAGAGCGCCGCCGCCCUGAACGACUGGUAUAAGCUGUAUCUGAUCCCGGGGGCGGUGCACUGCGCCCCCAACUCGGAGCAGCCGAAUGCGCCCUUCCCGCAGACCAACUUUGCCGUCAUGAUCGACUGGGUGGAGAACGGGGUGGCGCCGACGACGCUGAAUGGCACGGUGCUCGAGGGCGAGUACAAGGGCGACAAUGGGCAGAUCUGUGGCUGGCCGCUGCGGCCGUAUUGGGUGGACAACGGGACGACGAUGGUGUGUGAAUAUGACCAGGAGUCGUUGGAUACGUGGUUCUAUGACCUGGAGGGGGUGGAGAUGCCUAUUUAUUAG